UUCUCUUAUUCUCUUCUAAUCUUCUUCUAGGGUUCUAGGGUUUCUCCCCUCCCCUCCCCCCCUCGUCUUCCGCCAACGAGGCCUGUUCUGCGAAAAUGAGCAACAGCAAAGACAACUUUAACGUUUCCGAUCUCACCUCCGCUUUGAAUGCUGAGGAUAGAGCGGACCUUGUUAAUGCUCUCAAAAAUAAGCUUCAAGAUCUUACUGGGAAGCAUUCAGAUGUGUUGGAGAACUUGUCGCCGGUAGUCAGGAAGCGUGUUGAGGUUCUAAGGGGCCUUCAGAGCGAACAUGAUGAAUUGGAGGCUAAAUUUUUUGAGGAGAGAGCAGCUCUGGAAGCCAAGUAUCAGAAGUUAUAUCAACCACUUUAUGCCAAGAGGUAUACUAUUGUGAAUGGAGUUGAUGAAGCUGAAGGUGCUACAGCUGAAGCAGCUGAGGCUGCAAAAGAGGAUGAAACAACUUCAGAGGAUAAAGGUGUUCCUAGUUUCUGGCUGACUGCAAUGAAGAAUAAUGAAGUUAUUGCCGAGGAGAUUUCUGAACGAGAUGAACCAGCUCUCAAAUUUCUCAAAGAUAUAAAGUGGGCAAGGAUUGAUAAUCCAAAGGGUUUCAAGCUUGAGUUCAUUUUUGACACCAAUCCUUACUUUAAAAAUUCUGUUCUGACCAAAACAUAUCACAUGAUUGAUGAAGAUGAGCCUAUUCUAGAGAAAGCAAUAGGGACGGAGAUCGAAUGGCACCCAGGAAAAUGCUUGACUCAGAAAAUCCUUAAAAAGAAGCCUAAGAAGGGGUCAAAGAAUGCCAAGCCAAUCACUAAAACUGAGCAAUGUGAAAGUUUUUUCAACUUCUUUAGUCCGCCACAAGUCCCUGAGGAUGAUGAAGACAUUGAUGAAGAUGCUGCUGAGGAGCUCCAGAACUUGAUGGAACAAGACUAUGACAUUGGUUCUACCAUUCGAGAUAAAAUCAUCCCACAUGCUGUCUCUUGGUUCACUGGGGAAGCCGCUAGUGAUGAGUUUGCUGAAAUAGAUGAUGAUGAUGAUGAAGAGCUUGAUGAUGAGGAGGAGGAAGAUGAUGAGGACGAGGAGGAAGAUGACGAGGACGAGGAGGAUGAUGAGGAGGAUGAUCAACCCAAGAACAGGAAGAAGAAGAGUGGAAGAGUACCAAUUGGUGACGGUCAGCCGGGUGAGAGACCUCCUGAAUGUAAGCAGCAGUAACGUUGCAUUGAUCACUUUUGGAUUCUGGAGUGGCUGGGGUGUGCAUUGAUGGGUAUUGCCAAACAAGAGGAGUUGUGUCAAUUUUGUGUGUUCUGCUUGGAUCAUCAUAUGCCAUCAUAUGAACAGUGCUAGAAUCCAUUUUCUUAAUUUUCCUAUAUUUUUGUUUUGUAUUCUUUUCUUGGUUCUGGCUUUGGGAUAUCAUGGUGAAAUAGUUAGGGAUGUUCAUGGAAAUUGUUGGAUUCUGAUGCUGAGACAUUUGAGUAUAGCUAUACAGCCAUGUUAGCGUAGUCAUUGCAUCUUACUCCAGGAGUUCCUUUAAGGAAUCCUCCACUGUGAUUUUCCAGUCAUGGGAAUUGUGCUUGUAUUGAGUGAACAUGAGUUAGGUCCUAUACGUAAUUAAGUUCUAUUCAAGCCCCUAUAUUGGGAUUUGCUGAUUUAUGCAA